AAACAUCGUAUUGUAAACAAUAUCAGCUGUUUGUACUUUUUGUACGGUUUUUUAACAUUGAAUAACAAUGAAUAUAAGUAUAUCAACGAAAUCUUUUAUACGAGUUAUCAGCACACAAAACUGCUUGGCCAAACAAAUACCACGUAAUCUUAAGGGGAGGAGUAAAAGUUCACAAGAAUGGCUGACACGACAACUAGCAGAUCCAUAUGUGGAGAAAGCUAAAAUGAUGAAUCUUCGUUGCCGUAGCGCUUUCAAACUCAUAGAAAUUGAUGAUAGAUUUAAAAUACUUAAACCAGGCGAUACUGUGCUUGACUGCGGAGCGGCACCUGGAAGUUGGACGCAAGUAGCGGUCGAUCGUACUAACGCCAAUGGCAUCAAAGAGGGUAAUAAGAAAGGAGCAGUUUUUAGCAUUGAUUUGUUACAUUUUCAUGCGGUGCCGGGUGCUACUAUUUUCGGAGGCAUGGAUUUCACAACCGCCAUAGCACAACAGCGUCUUCGGGAGGCAUUAGCAGACCGACAAGUGAAUUGUGUGCUCUCAGAUAUGGCACCUAAUGCAACGGGUGUACGCAUGUUAGAUCAGGAGAAUAUAAUGAGCUUGUGCUAUUCGGUGCUGCGCUUUGCUUUGGCAAUGUCUGCUAUAAACGCAAAUUUAGUAGUCAAGUUGUGGGCGAAUGGCGAUGUAUCCAAACUGGAAAAUGAUCUUGGACGAUUUUACGAGCACGUCAAACGUGUAAAACCAGAGUCAAGUCGGUCAGAUUCUGCUGAGCUAUUUUUAGUGGCACGUCAAUAUAAAGGAAUGGAUGCAGUACAAGAGGUGACAACAAAAACUAGAUGAACUUUGGAUAAUCAUUCUUUAUUAUUUAAUAUUGUUAACAAUUCAAAUUCUUUGGAUGAAUAAAGUAAUAAAAUAAUUAUUUUAUAAUUUUUAAAAAAUA